AUGCUUUUAAUGCGUCUUUAUACUGAAGAUAGUUGGUUAAUUCGAUUGAUUUUUAAUCAUGCUGGUUAUCUUUCAUUUGCCAUUCCAAUAGCAGCUCUUUUUUUUAUUUCAAAAAAAUCUGCUUAUACAAUAUGGCCACGACCAGUUCGUUGGUUUAUUGUUCCACUGAUUCAGCUCUUUAUAAUGGAUACAUCGGAAGGUACUGAGAAAGAACGUAUACAUCCAUCAUCUCAUGCAAUCUCAUCAUCAUCAUCAUCAACAACUUUUUCUCGUCGUCGUUUCUUUAAAUUAAUAUUCUCAUUUUUUGGUCUUCAAAUUUCAUAUCUACUAUGGGGUUUAUUACAAGAACGUAUAAUGACUCGACCAUUCGAUGGUGAAAAAUUUACAAAUUCUCAAUUUCUUGUUUUUGUGAAUCGAUGUUUAGCUAUGAUACUUGCGUAUAGUUUAUUAAAAAUCUUUUAUCCAACAAAAAAAUUAACAUCAUCAGGACCACCAUUAUAUCGAUAUGGUAUUAUAUCUUAUGCUAAUUGUAUGUCAACAUGGUUUCAAUAUGAAAGUCUCUUAUAUAUUAGUUUUCCUGUACAAGUACUUGCAAAAAGUAUUAAAACAAUUCCAGUUAUGAUUGCUGGAAAAUUUGUUUCGGGUAAAACAUAUCCAUUACGACAAUAUUUAUUAAUGUUUUUGAUGGCUAUUGGUAUUUUACUUUUUUUCAUGGGUUAUAAUGAGAAUGAUUCAAAUUCAUUAACAGUAAAAAAACCUAAACAUAAUAUAACAACGUUCAACGGUGUAUUUUUACUGAUAUGUUAUCUAGCUUUUGAUGCAUUUACAUCAAACUAUCAAAAACAAGUAUUCGAUCGUUAUUCCAUAUCAUCGCUUAAUAUGAUGUUUUUUGUCAAUUCUAUUUCAACAAUUCUUACAUUAACAUCUUUAAUUUUUAAUGGUACUUUAUUUGAAUGUUUAUCAUUUAUGCAUCGGCAUCAAGCAUUUUCAAUGUAUGUAUUUGCAACAUCAAUAUGUUCAGCAGUUGGACAAUUAUUUAUCUUUUCAACAAUAGAAGAAUUUGGUCCAGUUGUAUUUACAAUUAUAAUGACUAUGAGACAAGCAUUUAGUAUUAUACUAUCAUGUUUAUUUUAUGGUCAUCAAUUAACUUCGUUUGCAAUUUUUGGUAUUCAUAUAGCAUUUUUAGCUAUAUUUCUUCAUGCAUUUAUUCAAUUUAAAAGAACCAAACCAAUGAAUAAUAACAUUGUAUAG